AUGGCAUCAGCAAGUCUGCAGUGCUUCGCCUUUAUCCUGGCUUUGCUCGGUGCUUUUGGAGACAUCACAGCCACCUUGCUGCCAAGCUGGAAGGUGAACGCAGAUGUUGGUUCAAACAUCAUAACUGCCAUAACGCAGAUGCAAGGACUGUGGAUGGACUGCACGUGGUACAGCACUGGGAUGUUCAGCUGCACCCUGAAAUACUCCGUUCUCUCUCUCCCCGUCUACAUCCAGGCUGCACGGACCACCAUGGUCCUGUCGUGCAUCCUGUCAGCCUUCGGGAUCUGCUUCACUACAGUGGGAAUGAAAUGCACCAAGCUGGGGGGGGACCCUGACAGCAAGAGUUACGCUUGUUUUGCUGGAGGAGUCUGCUUCAUUCUUGCAGGAGUCUUUGGAUUAGUACCAACGUCCUGGUACACCAGAGAAAUCAUCUCCAAUUUUCUGGACCAGACCGUUCCAGAGAGCAGUAAACACGAACCAGGAGGAGCAGUUUACACAGGAUUCAUUUCAGCAGGGUUCCUGCUUACCGCAGGUGUGAUCUUCUGCACCUCCUGCUUUAAAAAGCGGCCAGGAGCAUGGAUUCACCCUCCCAAGCAGCACCGUUUCCCAGCCACAGAGCAGGAGAGCAACGCAGGUUACAACCUGAAGGACUAUGUGUAA